GCGCGCCUAGGGUGUGUAGUUUGUGUACAUCACGUCAGCGUACUGUCCUCAUCAGGAUCACACGUUCAUGAUACCAGACGGUCUCAGUUUGUGCUCCAGUAUCUCCGCCCCCCACUGCUGCUGCUGCGUUUCACCACAAACAAACCUGAAGCCAGAAAGCAGCGGCCCUCCUCUUCUCCUCCAACAGACAGCAGCUCACUGCUGAAGCAGGGUGAGCUCCAGUUGGAUUUCAGUAUGCCGAUCAACAAACACAAAUCCUCAGGGCACAAGCCAAGUGGAAGCAAACACCACAAGAGCGGACACAGGCACAGUGAGCUCAAGUCUAACCCAGCCUUUUCCUACUACCAAGGAGUGGAGAUGCUUCACUUCUACCGCUGGACUUCACCACCUGGAGUAAUGAAGAUACUCGGUAUCAUCAUCAUCAUCAUGUGUGUGGCUAUGUUUGCCUGUGUGGCCUCCACACUGGCCUGGGACUACGACAUGAGCCUCAUGGGUUUGGGAGGUGGUGGUAGCUUGGUGCCAGGUUAUGGCGGCUCAUCCGGUGGCUUGUACGGUGGCUCAUACGGUGGCUCAUACGGUGGCUCUUAUGGCGGCAGUUAUGGGAACACGUAUGGAGGCGGCUCUGGCGGCGGCAGUGCUGGCUCCUAUGGCUAUGGAGGAUCACAAAUGAGUCCCGCAGCCGGCAAAGGCUUCAUCAUCGCCAUCUCGGCCCUGACCUUCAUAGCUGUGCUCAUCAUAUUUGUGUUGGUUGUUUCGAGGCACAAUACUUCCCGCUCACCAAAGUUCUACCUAGCAACCAUCAUCAUCUGUGCCAUCCUGGCAUUUCUAAUGGUCAUCGCUACUAUCGUGUACCUGGUGUCGGUGAACCCAACAGCCCAGUCUACAGGGUCUAUCCAGUACAGCCAGGUCCAGCAACUGUGUGCCCAGUAUCAGACCCAGAGCCAGGCCCAGGGCAUCUUCCUCAACCAGUACCUCUACCACUACUGUGUGGUGGAGCCCCAAGAGGCCAUAGCGAUCGUCCUGGGCUUCCUGGUGUUUCUGGCCCUCAUCAUCAUGCUGGUGUUUGCAGUCAAGACUCGCACCAAGAUCAGGCGCUGGGGCCAGGACCGCAUACUCUGGGAGGAAGUGAAGGUUGUCAAUAAUGGUCUCCACAACAGCGUCGGGGAGUGGGUGACCAAUGUGUCUGGUGACCCAGAGUCGCUGGUGAAAGACGCUAAUCCCAUAGUGAGAGGGUCCAGAGACUAUGUGGACAAGCUGGACCACAACAGGCCUCUUUACCUGCCAGGAGACUCAGACAUCAGCAGCUCUGUGGGAGGCCUGCAGCCCAGGCUGAAGGACUACGACCCUGCUGUAGAGUCUGGAGAUGACCUGGAGGAGGAGGAGGACUUCUAUGUUUUGUUUCCUUCCAUCGUGGAUGAGCAAGAGCGUCUGAACUACAAGCGUGAAUUUGACCAGGAGCACCAGGAGUACAAGAGCCUGCAGGCUGAGCUGGACAGCAUAAACCAGGACCUGGCUGACCUGGGUAGAGACCUGGACCAGCACCGCGAGGGCAGUCCACAGUUCCUGGAUGCCAUGGACGAACACACCAGACUGAAUAAUCUCAAGAAGUCCCCAAACUACCAGAUUAAGAAGAAGAGGUGUAAAUAUCUCCGCUCCAAACUGUCACACAUCAAAAGAAAGAUCAGCGAAUACGACCGCCGGCCAUGAACCUCCACCUCUGACCCCAGCGUGCACGGAAAGAGACUCAUUUGUCUUUCGGUACUUUUUGUUCUUAUUAUGGACCUUUGUCGUUGUGGGUGUUACGAGGAACGGCCCAAGUGUAAAUAAAUGAGGGCUUGGUCCCCUGAAGGUUGUCUUCUAAUGUGAUGAAUUUCAUUUCUGAUUCUUAUUCAAAAGCAAAUGAACAAAUCUUUCCACCUCAUCAAUAUAUAUUUACUCCACACAUGUUCAACUAAUGUAAUUCAUGCUUGUUGGACUGUUUUCCUGAACUGAUGAAUGCAUCGUGGUUUGGUGUGCGAUUAAGUUAUAUCUGUUUGUUAUACGUAAGCAGGAAUGUAAGAUUUCAAUAAAGAAAAGUUAGUUAUUAAUAAGCUCAUUGCAUUACUGUGUUUGAUAUAACAUCUUAACAUGGGUUCCACCUCAUGGUAACUGUGCUGGUAUUAUACUAGUAGUACUAGUAGUAGAAGGGGUAAUGUAAUCAAUACAAGUUGACCGAGGGCGGGCAGAGGAGCACACACAUGUGGGAAGGUUCCAGGACAAGAGGAUGUCAAAUGUGUACAUAUUGUAAAGCCCUCUGAGGAUAAUCUGUAAUUUGUGAUU